AUGGCUGUGCCACCUACCACCACCGCCAUUACACCAUACACUUCUGUUUCAAACUUUAAGUUACCACCUGGCUGGGGUGUUGAAGAAGUGCCUCGUUCUAAAGGAUAUCGAGUUGACAGGAUGAUUCUAGAAGAUGAAAACAUGAGUUUUGGUAAUACAGUUAAAAGAAAAGGAGAGAAACCAACUGAGGGAGAAAGUAGUAAAAGAGCUAAGGUGCAAACACCAUUAGAUAAACUUGUGACUGCUAUUUGUCAAUCAACAAAUGAGGAAAGAGUUAGUGAAACUGGGGCUUCAGAAAGAGAGGAAACACACGAAACCUCUGUUGGGCAUGAAGAAGAAAUAAGUGAAGAAGAAGGAGAUGAAGGGGAUGAAGGAGCUGAAGGGGAUGAAGAAGGUGAAAAAGAAGCAGAAACUGAAAAUGGUAAUGAAGAAGAAGAAGAAGAAGAAGAAGAAGAAGAAGAAGAAGAAGAAGAAGAAGAAUCAACAGAUCAGAUCUUGGCUGAGUUAAGAAGAAAAAGGAAACAUAAUGUGGAUGCCAAUCUUGUUGAGUCUUCUAGUAUUACCAUAGAUCCCAAUAGACCUUCGAUUGAGGAGGUCGUCAAGAGUUUCAGCAUUGAAAAGUACGGCGUGACGAUGCCGCUGAAUGGAAAUAAGGAUUUGUCUGGUGAUUUUGUGGUUAGAUCAACCAUGGGCAAGGGAUUUGACACCUUCAGGGGCAUUCUCCGGCAGCAGGGGUUAGAUAAUUUCUUUAGGGCUAGCUGCUUUGGGAUCUAUUUAGAUUUGCCUGAAGAUACCAGUGCCCGAUUUCAAAUGACAAUGGUUUCUGAGCUUUUGAAGCGUAAGAUUAUUUGUGAUAGAAAGGAUGAGAUUUGGAUCAAUUACUGUGGCAUGCCGGUUUGCUUUGGCAUGAAGGAGUUUGCCAUAGUUACCAGAUUGAGAUGUUAUCCUUAUGAGCCUCUUCCUACUGUUGUAUUAACCAAGCCAGCCCAGACGCCCAAGGCAGACAAGAAAGCGAAGGGUUCCAAAGCUACGAAUAAUGUCUAUUUGGUAAACUUAGUGGGAAAAAGCUACACUCAAAAGAAAUUAUUGCAAGACUUGGAGUCCAAAACUUUCUCAAAAAAGCACAAGGAGGCACUGUGCUUAGUUUGGUUUGUGCAUAGUGUUCUUUGGGAAAGAGACGUAAACUACAACAUACCGCUUGGAUUGAUUAAACUUGCUGAGGACUAUGAUGCCUUCAACAACUAUGCCUGGGGUUUUCAAAGCUUUAGCUUGACUGUUGAAUAUUUGAUGAAGGAUUUGAAGCCAACGGGGAAAACACAAAACCUAUAUGGCUUCCUUUGGGCUUUCAUGGUAAAUUUUCUUUAAUGUUUUACCUUCUUUUUUUAUUUUUUUUAUUUCAAUCACUAUUUUGAUUUUUGAUGGCAUCUUUUUUUUCUAGGCUUGGGCAUUUGAAGUCAUUCCUCACCUCAGGCAUCAAGUCAAGGAAUACUCCAAAGAAGUUACCUAUCCAAGAAUUCUUAGAUGGCUCACUGCCAGGAACAACACAAAAUUGAGUGUUGACCUUUUCAACCCCCCUAAGGAAGCUGUUGUGAACCCAUGGCUUGUCCCAACAAUAAGAGAGUUGGAGAUGCCAUGCCUUGUCACCUUUGUGCCCAUAGAAUUUGUGCCUGACAGACUGAUUGAUGGGUUCAAAGGUGAAUUGG